CCAAUUCGUUUUCAGUCUAAAUUCCUUGUCACCCUUUUCCCCAAAAUUUCUUUCCACUUCCUCAACAUAAUCUUUUUAGGGUUCUAUUUCCCCUUUACCCUUUCUCUCUUUCUCUCUCUCGUAGAAAUCUAAAUUAGUAGUAGAAGAGGAACAGUUAUAGUGUGAAUUUGUGAACAGUAGUAGCAGUAGCAGCAGUGAGUGGAACUGAGAAUGCCGUCAACUUCUGGUGCUAAAGAAACUGAUCAACCUUCUUCGUCUUCUGUAAAAGAUUUGAUAGAAUAUGUGUUUUCCUUGAGUACUCAAGAUAUACUCAAUGAUGAUCUCUACAAACACAAGGUUAAAACAAUACCAAAGCAUUUUGAAUCCGUACAACAUUACCUUGGCUCUUACACUAUGUCGUUGCUGGAAGAAACUCACAUGGAGACUAUGUCGUUGCUGGAAGAAACUCACAUGGAGAGGUGUUCACAAAUGGAGUUUAUGUCAGGUGAACAUCACGCUGAAGUAAUCUCAGCAGAGGAGUCGAAUCUGCAUGGAAGGUCAUUCUUGUAUAUCAUCAAGGUGGAGUGUUGGAGAAACCGGUACGGUGUAUAUGGCAAAGAACCAUACAGCCCGAAACCUUUGGAUCUGUUUAUUUUGGGUGAUGGUGUACCUGAAGUUGCUUUGGACUUGCAGCGGUUUGGAAGCAGUUGGUCUUUCGCUUCAGUUGUAGAAGAUGUACGAAAGAGUCUCAAUUUUGUAGGGAUCAAAGAUAGACUUAUAUGCUUUCACGUUAAGACCUCAUAGCCCAUAAAGAUAGAGAUGAAAGAGGGCAGGAGGAGUUUUGUGGUGUUUCUGGUAAACUUGGCAACAAACACUAGAACAUGGAACCAUCGAAGGCGUUACAUAUGUUUCGAAACUUGAAUAUGAUCAUGGGAGUUCUAUGUGCCUCUUCCAUAGUAAAGGAAAUUAUGGUCUUUGUUCUGCACAAGUUGACAGGAUUUGGGGCGGAAAAGUUGAUUCACAGUUAUUACUUGCUCUUAAUGAAUCUCAAAGAGCAGCGGAAUUGGAUACUAUAUCUGCAGUGCAAUGUAGCCACAGGUCUUCUGUGAAGCUUGGGACAGGAAAAAACCAAAAUCAUCAGUACUCUUCAACUAGUUUAUUUUGGAUUCACAAUGUGAUGACAUGGGAUGCAAAAGACAUGGAUAAAUCUCGUAUCUCAGACAUCUAUCAUUUGAGCCAGAACUUUCAUACUCAUGCAGGUGUUCUCUACUAGUCACAGAGUGUAAUUGAAUUUCUGCAAUAUUCUUCCCAACCACAUUAACAAUUUAAAUCCCAAAACAGAUAGUUUAUGGGAUUACAUGGAUUAUACCUAUUUGCACGAAUACCUCUACACUUCCGACGUCGAUCUAUAGAGUAAAGAAGCUAUGCUGUUGAAGCCGUGGGCUUUAGGGCAACCAAGUUUGCAUACUGAACAAGUAGAAGUGGUGAAAAUGCUGGAUUUGGUGCAGAACAAUUCAUUUUGGUGCGGGAUGAUUCUGUGAGAAAGGACAUUGCUGAACAUAUUGGAGAAGAAGCUCUUGUUCUGACUAUAGCAUAAUGUAAGGGCUUAGAAUUUCAGGGAUACGAUAGCGGCUUAGGAUAUUCCUUCUUUGUUCGAGGAUGUCUUACCUACAAUUUUUGGAACGCCCCCUUUAAAGAGUCAAUGGAAAGUUUUUUAUGGGUAUAUGAAGGAACAAAUCUUCUCAACUCCAAUGAUGGAAAAUUUCCAAUGUUUAGCAACGCGAAACACCAAAUUCUCUGCUCUGAACUGAAGCAAUUAUAUGUUGCUGUCGCUCGUACUAGGAAGAGACAGUGGAUCUGUGAGAAUAUAGAUGAUUUUUCGAAGCCUGUGUUUGAAUUGGAAGAAGUUAUCUCUCGUUCAAGUUAGAGAACUAGAUGAAUCACUUGUAAAGGCAAUGCAGGUUACAAGCAGCAAAGAGGAAUGGAGUUCACGCGGUAUCAAGUUACUGGAUGAAGGUAAAGUUUGAGAUGGCAACAGUGCGCUUUGAAAGAGCUGGUGAUUUGUUCUAGGAGACAGUCGCUAAAGCUUCUGGUCUUAGAGCUGCUGGCAUUCACAUGCUUGGUUCUAAUACUGAACUAGGUCAUGUUUCUCUUGUAGAGGCAGCUGAGAUUUAUGAAUCAACUGGCAAGGCUGAUUUUGCUGCCAAAUGUUUCCUGGAGUUAAAGAAUAUGAUAUGAGCAGAUGAGUCCUAAACUUUCAUUUGAAAUAACUGUCCAUGGAGUUCUACUGUGGGUGUCAAUGGGUUUCUUAAUGCCUGUUGGGUUACUCAUUAUUAGAAUGUCUAAUACAGAAAUGUGUGGGAGAAGACUCAAACUUCUCUUCUAUCUUCAUGUCACUUUACAGAUACUUUCAGUUCUACUUGUUACUGUUGCAGCAGUUAUGUCCAUAAAAAACUUUGAAAACGUCUUCAACAACCAACAUAGGAGAAUCGGGGUUGCUCUGUACGCAUUUGUAUGGGUUCAAGCCUUUAUUGGCUUUCGCAGACCUCACAAAGGAAUUAAAGGAAGGAGCAAGUGGUUUUUCGUACAUUGGGGACUUGGAACAGGAAUAACAGUGCUAGGAGUCAUCAAUGUAUAUACAGGAUUACAAGCUUAUCAUGAGAAGACUUCAAGAAGUAUAAGCCUAUGGUCUACACUUUUUACCAUUGAAGUUUGUUUGAUAACUUUUCUCUACUUGUUCCAAGAUAAGUGGAAUUACAUUCAAAAGCAAGGAAUAGUUUUGAGGGCUGAAGCCGCUGAACCAGUCUUACCGACUAAUGAAGAAAAUAUCACAAGAGAAGAACCAAGAAUAAGAGCUAAAAACACAUUGUUGAUGAUUAUGAACAAAUAAUGGGUAUAUAGGAUAAAAUUUGUGUGACCCGAAUCUUUUCAUUAGAAAAGAAAUCUGAGCUAGAGUUUCCGUUAAUGGUUAUCAAUUAAGUUAAUUCGAGGGUUUAAGUUUCUUGGAUGUAUAAGUGAAAAAGAUUGAAGUAGCUAGUUAGUUUUAGAAGGAUGUUAGACAGUUUUCAAGAUUUCAGGAAAAAACAUGCUCAUACCAGUUAAGCUCUCGAGGAGUGAACCUGGACCAGCCCCCUGUCUCAUAUAAACAUUCUCAUAAGCAUGCAGACCCCCAAAAGAGUCAUACGUACCUGUUUCAACUGAACAGAACAAAAUUCCGUCUCUAUUGAAACAUAGUCUAGGGUGAUGUAUUUUGUUCUCCAUUCUAGUAGGGGCAGAAAAACGGAGAGGGAGGUAUAGCUGAUUAAUAAGUGCUUCAUUAAUUUAUUUUCAUUACCAUUUUUCUA